GGUAUAGAAAAGAUGGCUGUCGAAGAAGGUUUGAUAGAUGCUGAUAAGGAAAGUGUUACUAGUUCAAAGGAUAGUGGGAUAAAUACUAGCACUACUAGUACCAAUCAACCAAUUACCAGCGAAAAUAAAACUAGUCCUCAAGGAAAAGAUUAUUACUUUAAUAACACAACUGAAGAGACUACUUGGAGUCUUGAUAAUAUUGAUGAGAAUGGUCGUCUGAUUAAAACUGAUGAUGAUGCUAUACCUUAUGGUGCUGGUAAGAAUACUGAUCAAUCUAUUCUUAUUCGAAGUUCUAACGAACAAUACAGUUGGGAUUCGUUAUCCAAUACAAUUUAUUCAGCUAUUAAUAAUUUAUCUGUGUCGGUGAAAGAAAAUAUGAAACAAGAUUACCAAAAUUGUACGAAUGCUAUUGUUGAAAGUAUUCGUAUCAUGCUUUAUGCUUCUGGUACCGUUGAAAAAGAAUCUUCGAUUAUUCGUCAAAAUAGAACUUUAAAAACUUAUCAUAGGCAUAUAAUGGCUUCUCUUUCAAAAUUGGUCCUAUCUACAAAAGUCGCUGCUGGUGUUUGGCCUUCUCCUGAUGCUGCUCAAAAAAUGAAAAAUGAUGCUGAAGAAGUUUUGGUGUCAGUUCGUCAGUUCGUACAAGCUGCUGAACAUACUGUAGAUAUUAGGCCCGUUGAUCCUAAAAUUAUAGAGAGUGUUAUUGGUGGUUCUUGGCGUGGUAAUAAUCUUACUAUUAAUGGUAGGAAACCUUAUGCUCCAUCUAUAACAUCAAGUAUUAGUUCUCAAGAUAGUGUUGAUUCCACUGGACCUUCUCGUUCUUUGACUCCCGACAUUUUGGUUUCAUUGGAACACUUUUCUCGUAAUAUCACAAAAACUAUAAUGUUAAUAAAUAAUCUUAUAAGAAAGCAUAUGGAAAUACCUCAACCUUCCUUGUCCGGUAAUAAUGCUAGCUUUGCACCACAGUUAAUGACACAGAUACGUCAAGUUGUUACAUAUGUUGGUCAAUUUAUAUCAUUGAUCGAGGAUAUUAAUUUGGAAGAUUUAGAUGAAACUAGCCAAAGUUUCAUAAAUAAUUUUAAAAUUGCGAAACAAGCUCUAUAUAAUAAUAUUGCUGGUUUAGUAAUUUGUGCUCAAAGUGUUACCGAUCCAUCUGUCAAAUCUAGUGUAGUGGAUCAUGUUCAAAUUUCUGCUAAUGUUGUUGAAAAAUCCGUAAAAGAUUUGAUAAUUGCUUCAAAAUCCCUUAUGGAAGAAAAAGAUACUCAAGAUCAAUUAAAAAUUCAACAGCGUGCUUCUAGACUUUCUAAUUCUUCUGAAUUAUCACCAACAAAACGACGUGUUACAUCGAUUGAAAAUGGUACGAGUGACGUCACUGAAAAUGUUGAAAUUAUGGAUGAUCAAAAUAUUAUUCCUAUCAGUCCUCUAGUAACGACUCAAAUAGGUUUACAAACUGUACCUGAAGAUGAUGUUAUUAUUACAGAAUCAUCCACUGUCGUAACUGAUUUAAAUACAAUCAAUAUGGUAGAUAACUCCGAUAAAACACCAAUGUCUCCAGUUUCAGAUGGUGGCUCUUCUAUGACUGGUGGUCGUUCAUUUGUGAGCAGUUCAAGUAAUCAAUUUCGUGAUAAUGUCGCAGAUUCAUCAUCAGUUCAAUCCUAUAGUAAUUCAUCUAAUUCAUCUCAACGUGUAAAUACUCAAUCUACCGUCCAAUCUGAUUAUCAACGAUCAUCUUCUCCUCCGUUACCUGCUAAUAAUAAUCCAAGUGGUGCGAAAUCGCCACGUAGCGAGACUAGUAAGGUCACAAAAUUCUUUGGUGAAGAUGUUCAAUCCAUAAAUCAAACACGUGUACAGCGUGAAGAUAAACCUUGGUUCCUUAAAUAUGAUUAUGAUGAAUCUGAAAUAAUUUUUAAUAUGGAAAGGCAUGUUAAAGGUGGUACUCUAAAUGCUUUGGUGGAAAGAUUAACUAUGCACGAUUUACUUGAUUCAGCUUUUAUAGCCACAUUUUUAUUGACAUAUCGUUCAUUUUGUACCACUGAACAAUUCUUUGAUAUGUUAAAAAAACGUUUCAUGAUUUCACCUCCUGAUAAUUUAACACCUGAGCAACAUGAAAUUUGGCAAGAGAAAAAACAAACACCUGUUAGGUUAAGAGUUUUUAAUAUCAUGAAGAGUUGGUUGGAGAAUUAUUAUAUUGAUGAUCAAGAUUCAUAUUGUUUGGAACGUAUACGUCAAUUUGCAUCAACUACAAUGCAUGAACAUAUGGCUUUUGCGGCAGUGAGUUUGAUCAAGGUCAUUGAUAAACGGUUACAACAACGAAAAGAUGCUGUCUUUAAAGAAAUGAUUCCUAAUAAUUCCAUGUUACCUCCACCUUCAAUUAAACCAAAAAAUUUGAAAAAAAUUAAAUUUUUGGAUUUGGACCCAUUAGAAAUUGCAAGACAGUUGACUAUAAUAGAAGCCAAACUAUAUAAUAAAAUUCGACCGGUUGAAUGUCUGAAUAAAGCCUGGAGUAAAGAAAGUAAAGAAGAUGAAGGUACCGAAACAGAAGAAAUAGCCGUAAAUAUUAAAGCUAUGAUUGUUAAUACUGAAUCUAUUCUUAAUCAAAAAGAAAUCAAAAAACGAUGCAAUUUGAUUAAACAUUUUGUUGCAGUAGCUGAUAAGUGUAGACAAUUAAAUAACUUCAAUUCCUUAACGGCAAUUAUUUCCGGACUUAAUUCUGCACCGAUUCAUCGUCUUAAGCGAACAUGGGAGAUGGUUAAUGCACGAACAAUACAAACACUUGAUAACCUUAACAGAAUUAUGAACUCUACAAAGAAUUUCUUCGAUUAUCGAGAAAUGUUACAUAGUGUAAAUCCACCUUGCGUACCAUUUUUGGGAGUUUAUUUAACCGAUCUUACUUUUAUUGAAGAUGGUAAUCCAGAUGUUCUUAAAAAAAAUCAAUCAUUAAUUAAUUUUUUAAAGCGAAUGAAAACAGCAGAUGUGAUACGUGAAAUUCAACAGUUUCAAUCUGUACCUUAUAAUCUUACUGCUGUACAAGAAAUUCAAAUUUUCAUUCAAAGUCAUUUACAAGAUAGUAGAGAUGUUAGCGAAUUAUAUAAUACAAGUUUGGAUAUGGAGCCAAGGGCUUUCCAAAUAACUAAAUUAUUGGAUGUUUCACAUUCAAUAACUCUAUGA